AGCAACAAACUAUAGCCUAUUUGACGGUUAAACAAAAGGUCUCCUGCAACAUAAGAGCGAGAUUUUGUUCGUAUGAACUGAGCGAUACCGUGUUUAGCAACAUUACGACCGCGUGUGCUCAUCAGGAAGUAAUCAAUGUGUUGUUUGGUGGGUCAAUAUGGAGUGACCAUGGCCAGUGGCGGAACGAUUGGUCAUUUUUUAUGUGAGUUCAGAUAUAUUCGAUUGGAUAUGAAGGUUGAUGUCAUGAUAACAUGUGUUUGAGAUGAUGUACAUGAUAAUAUAGUGGCAGCGAGGAUUGUGGAUUAAGAUUGAACAGCACCUACUGUUAGCAAGGAAUUGGGUGGAGCUCGCGGGUUGCAAAUUAAAAAUCGAGGUACCUUUCAGCACAUUUUAUCCAGGAUUGAGUGAUACCACGCUUUAAACCUUAAUUCUUGACCAAUCCACGUUAUACCAAUGUUUGAAAAGAGCAUGUCGGCGGACAAGUCUAAGAUAAAGAACACGUGGAAGAAGGUGGCACGGACAGCCUGCUUGGCGAGGAAGAUCCAAGAAAAUGGCCAAGCCCCUCCUGGUAGCCCGACCUGCACCUCACCCCGCGGCUGGUCUUCUCCUACCUCACCCCGGGGCCGAAAGAGCUUCAGCAUCUGGUCUUCCACGAGCUCGCUUUACGGGACGCAUGGCUCACGGCGGCGGUCGACGCUGCAGACAGAGGAAUUGCUAGAGAAAGAGCGACAGUCCUUCCUGACGAAGGUCGAGGAACUCAAGAAAGCCAAGAAUGAAGUUGAGCAGGAGAAGAAGCAGAAAGAGAUAUUUGAAGAAGAGUUGACAAAGCUCAAGGCCAAGCAUGAAGAAGUCUGUGCACAAUUAGAGAAGACAGCCGCGCAUUUAGAAAAGUCCAAGUUUGACUUCAGAAAGAAGGCAGAAAAAUGUGAACAACAAGAAAAGGAUUUAACUCAUUCGUUGGAUAAGAUACGAAAUCUAGAAAUAAAAACCAGUGACCUUGAGAAAGCGGAGUUGACCUUGGAGACCACAAGAAGAGUAUUAGAUUUAACGCAAGGUCGUUUGAAAAUGAAGGAGGUCGAUUUAAAAACAAUAACUAGCAAUUUCGAGGCAGCAAGUAAAGAUCUAUCGCUUGCUGAAUCUAACAUAGAACAAUUAGAAGUGAAAGUAGACGAUCUCAAGGUUCAAGUAAAAGAAGAACUGCGACGAAACGAAUUGAUAGAAAAGAAUCUUCAUUCCAUACCAGAAAUGAAGGAAUCGAUAAUCCAAAAAGACAAACUCAUAGCUCAAUUAAAGGAAGAAUUGGAACAGAAAAAUGCAUUGUUACAACUCGCGAGAAAGUCUGCCCGAGACCACAGGGACAAAAUAAGAGUCUUAGAACGAGAGCUGCUAUCAUUGCCCCACCUCAAAACAGAAAUGGAAUUCUCCCAUUGUGAAAAUAUGACGUUAAAGAAACUGCUUGUCGGCAAAGACACCUUAGUUGUUCAGAAGACACAGGCUCUGUCACUUGCAAAGGAGGUGAUCUGUGAGAUUGAAAGCACCGGACAACUUGUUGAGAGAUUAGAAACAGCCAUCAACAAGAACACAGUACAGGCCACGUAUCCUCAUGGGCGAUUAGAGACCAACGGUCAACUGAGCUUUGAAGAUCUACCAAAUAGCCUCUUUGAAGCAUACCCAAGGUCGCCGUCAGUGCCUCCAAAGACGCACAAGUCAAACGAGCGGAUCGACGUGAACACCCCACCUUAUACGACAAGUAGUAUGGACCUCAUUGAGUAUCAUGCUUCACCCCAGAACCUCCAAAACAUCCCAGCCCAGGGAAGACUCUUCAAAACCCUCCUCAACGGAGACGCUCCCUACACUGACGACGACAGGUUGCAGAGCAGACAAGAAAGCGUCCCAAGGACAAAUUCUGCUAUGCACCUCUAUUUAGAGACAAGGGAGAAGGAGGGCUUAGAGAGGCCAAAAACUGCGACGGCAAGGUUGACUAAGCAAAUGGGGACUUUCCACGACUUCAGGCAAGAACAGCAACGGAAGAAUGCCAUGGCAUCACGGAAUGGUACAAGCAGGCAGUCUGUGUCUGACUACGGGACAGGUUCCUCUACCGCAUCUGAGAACAAGGUGCCUACGGUUAAAGUGAUGCUGUCGAGACUUUCUAAAUACGAGAAGGACAAGUUGGCCGCGGAGUUCGUUCAUGUUGGUGACCGUGUGAUGGUGAGGCUCGGGAAGAAGAAAGAAAAUGGUCCCUUAACAUGCGGAGUGGUGAAAUUCGUGGGUCGAGUUGACAAAGAGUAUGCUAGUUAUAGACUCUAUGUUGGUCUGAAGCUUGAUACACCAAUUGGGGAUACUGACGGAGUUUUCAAGGGCAAGCGGUAUUUCCAGACGCCUCACAGACACGGCAAAUUGGUCAAGCUCUCGCAGGUGGUCUCUGUGUUGAACCCAAAGAGAAAUAAAUACGACGACGUGGAAGAAAAUGUGGAGAAGUUAUUGGUAAACGACAGAGGACCGUUCAGAUAGUCGAGGUGCCGGUAACAUCUCAUCCUUUAGUAGAAUACCAGAGUCAGUCGAAUGCGCCGUCGCACAGGGUCGGUCAUCAGUCCCGAGUGUUACGUACACUGAAGUUCAGGAUGGUAACAUCUUCGGUUGUUGCCCAUAUUCAAUGUUUCCAUCCAACUGACAGCUAAUAGACUUCCCGCUUUGAUCAUGAUUGCAAGUCGCAUGGCUUUGGUGAUUAUGAAGGUAGUUUAUCAAUUUGCCCUCAGGAACGUUAUUGUUUCCUAUUAUUUGUCUGUUGAUUCCAUGAUGUUUUUCAUGCUGGGAUCGAGGGAUUGCCUAUUUCACUUUCACUAUCAUGACGACCUAUCCAGGUCAUUGGAUAAGGAUGAAGUGGGCCUACAUGUAGCUUGUGUCGCACUCUAUUGUCCGAUUUCGCACUGAACUCACGUCGCCAUUCUCAGUGACGAUUAGAGCGGAGCGGUUGGUUAUAUUUCGGAAAAAAGUCAAGUUUGUCCACAGAUGUUUAGCACAUACAUCCAUGGUUUGGCACACGAUGUCCAGAAUUAGAAUAUUUACAUCUCACAAGAUACACUGAAGAAAUCUUGGUAAACAUAUGGAUGAUAUACAUGUAUUUUUUUUAUAAGUUGUAAAUAAGUUGUAAAGAAGGCGUAAAUUAU